CUGUAUGAACCUGGCUGCCCUUCUGAAAGCACGCCCCGACCCUCACAACCACCCCUAAGGGGUGUUUUGAAUCAUCACCAUGACAACCGGACGUGCAACGGGACAGCUGGAUAUGACCCAGACUGAGAAGAUCCCCUGGAGCAACAUCAGGGCCUGCGUGACCUUUGCAACCAACAACUCAAAGCGCACUUCUGGGACUUUUUGGAGCUUGAGGACGCCGUAGCUGAGAAGCAUGCUCUCUCUCUGGUUGUUCCUGCUCCCGUGCCUGGGCCUGGUGUCCGUGGCCACGACCGAGAAGGGUCUGGAGUUUCCGCAGUAUGACGGCAAAGACCGCGUUCUCGACAUCAAUGACAAGAACUACAAGAAGGCCUUGAAGCAGUACAACAUGCUGUGCCUGUUCUACCACGAGCCCGUGGCAGACGGCAAGGAGCAGCAGAAACAGCACCAGAUGACCGAGCUUGUGCUGGAGCUCGUGGCCCAGGUCAUGGAGGAGAAAGACGUCGGCUUUGGAAUGGUCGACUCCCAAAAAGACGCCAAGGUGUCAAAGAAACUAGGCCUGGAGGAGGAAGGCAGCGUGUACGUGUUCAAGGCCGAUCGUGUGAUUGAGUUUGACGGCUGGCUUUCUGCAGGCACCCUGGUGGAGUUCUUGCUCGACCUAUUGGAGGAGCCUGUGGAAGUGAUAGACAACGCUCUGGAGCUGAGGGCCUUCGACAGGAUGGAGGAGGACAUCCGUGUCAUCGGUUACUUCAAGGGCGAGGACUCAGAGCAUUACGAUGCCUUCAAGGAGGCUGCCGAGCACUUUCAACCCUACAUCAAGUUCUUUGCCACCUUUGACAAAUCUGUGGCCAAAGAGUUGACCCUGAAGCUGAACGAGGUGAACUUCUAUGAGCCCUUCAUGGAGGAGCCCGUAACCAUCCCGGGAAAACCUCACUCCGAGGACGACCUGGUCAACUUCAUCAAUGAGCAUAGACGGCCCACUUUGAGAAAGCUGCGUGCAGAGGAUAUGUUUGAGACCUGGGAGGAUGACAUUGAGGGCAUCCACAUUGUGGCUUUUGCAGAGGAGGAGGACCCGGACGGUUUCGAGUUCUUGGAAAUCCUGAAGGAGGUCGCCCGAGACAACACACACCUGCCUGAGCUUAGCAUCGUGUGGAUUGACCCUGAUGACUUUCCCUUGUUGAUCCCCUACUGGGAGAAGACCUUCAAGGUGGAUCUGUUCAGACCGCAGAUUGGAAUCGUCAAUGUGACAGAUGCUGACAGCGUGUGGAUGCUGAUGGAGGAGGAGGAAGAUCUGCCCUCGGCUCAGGAGCUGGAGGACUGGAUUGAAGACGUCCUCUCUGGAAAAGUCAACACCGAGGAUGAUGAUGAUGAUGAUGACGAUGAUGACGACGAUGACGACGACGACGACGAUGAUGAUGAUGAUGAGGAUUAGUGAUAUGCAUCUUUGAAGCAGUCAUUUCUCAUAACCCCAACAUCAGCAAUGCCAUUUCAGAACAGGUGACCAGGUAUGGUAUGUUAUGUGCAUUUAAGGAGCAUCCAUAUAUUUUUAAUACAGUAAAUUGACUUGGUAGAGGUUUUGUGAUUGGCAGUUCACACAUCCGUCACAUUGAUCAUGAAAGUCAUGCAUAAAAUCCAUCUGUUAAUCGACACACGGUAAAACAAGCAAACUGGGUGUUACCUCUAUCUGCACUCACUGGUAAUAAACCAACCUGGGUGCUUCGUGUCUA